UAGGUCCGAGUCUCUUUGAAUUUUAUGAAGCGGUUGUAUCUUGGUGGUGCCUCCACAGCCAAGUCAUCCGCCAACCAGCAACAUCAGACAACAGCCAACAGCAACCAGCUAACAGCAACAUCAGCUACUAACAGCAACCAGCAACAUUAGAACCCUCGUGUUGUCAUCGUCUGCAGCACAGCUUCAACUCAAAAUUGUCAAAUUCGACGACAGUUUUCAGAAUUCACGAAGCUAACGAACUAUAUUGACACAGUGGAUUAUUAAAAAAAACAUAAUAAAAAAUAUAAAAAGAAUUUUUUCUGAAAUACUAAACGUGAUUAAUAAAUUCAACAUCAAGUUGAAAAAACUAAUCAAAUCAGUGCGCGAAAUGUUUAACAGCAUUUAAAAGGAAUAAAAGGAUUAAAAAUAAGAAAACUGUGCAAAGUGCAAAACGAAACUAAAAAGCAAUAUUAAAAAAUAUUAAAACACAAAUUAACAAAAAAAAAAAAACUGCAGACAAAAGUGGCAAAGUGUUGAACAAGAAUUUAUUCUGUUCAAAAAACAAAUUGUGCUGUUUCUUGAGUGAUAAAGUUACACACACAAGCAAAGCCAUGACAAGAAAACGUUCGAGUCCGCUGGGACUCGAGGAGCUGGUGUGUUGGUCUGGUUUGGCCAUGCUGCUGAUGAUGCUGCCAGCGUUAACGCAAGCCGCUCCAUUGCAGGAAUACACAGAAGUCCAACAAUAUCCGGAAGGCUGCUAUUAUAACUAUGCCCAUUACAAUGAGGGUGACCGCAUCAUGACCAAUGAGCCAUGCCUUAACUGCACCUGCCACAACCGCAUGCUCAUGUGCUAUCUGCGUGUCUGCCCCUUCACCAAGCCCAUUGGUCACGAUUGCAUUGUGGAGAAGCGCGAGGAUCAGUGCUGUCCCAUCAUUACCUGCCCAGAGGUGCCUGUGGAUGUGCCCUAUCACACCCCCGAGCCCGGCACUGAGCUGAGCAUACCCGAGAAGUUUGGCUGCAGCAUUGAGGAGAAAUUCUACCCGGAAGGCGCCCAGGUGCCAUCGAACCCCAACAAACCCUGCGAACUCUGCUACUGCAUCAACAACCAGACCAAGUGCGUCAUGCAGGAGUGCACACUCCAUGUCGAUGGCUGCACACCCAUCUACAACAAGGGCUCCUGCUGUCCCGUCCGCUACAGUUGCGACCAUGAGAAUGAUGUUCUGGAGCUGGAAGAUCUGUCCACAACAACGACAACGGUGCGUCCAACACCUGGCUUUAUUCUGCCCACAACCAUGACUCCACCUGUCUCCACGGACUGCGUACACAACGGCGAGGUUUACGCUGAUGGUGCCUCACUGUCGGGCAAGAAUGCCUGCGAACACUGCUACUGCAUGCGUGGCGACAUUGUGUGUGCCGUCCAAGAGUGCGAGAUGCCAAUGAGCACGGCCAGCGGCAAGAUCUGUCAUGCUAUGCCUGCUGCCGAGGGUGAAUGCUGCCCCAGCAACUACAUCUGCGAGGAUGAUAGCGCUACCACUGAAAUUGUUGAGAUUACCAGCACACCCGAGACUAUCACCACUGCUGCGCCAGUCAAGGACAUCCAUGGUGAGAUUCCCAAGGAAGAUGUUGAUUUGCAAGAGCACAUUGAUGACGAGGAGAAGGACAAGGAUACCGAAACCGAAACCGAGAGUACAGCUGAGGAAGCAGGCAGUGGCGAAAUUGAUCAUGUCAUUACCCCAGUUGCUCCAGAGCAAGAGGACAAGGACAAAACCAAGGACAAGGAACCUGAGGCCUCUACUAUUGCUACUGAUUCUCGUAUCGAUACUCCAGUUGAGGGAUCCACACCUACAUCUGAGGAGGAAGGCAGCGGCGAAGAAAUCACAACCAAGCCCAUUGUGCCAAUUAAGGAAGAAAGUGACGAAGAAAUCAAGGUUACACCUGAGGAAGGAAGUGGUGAGGAGGAGGAAGUUAUACCUACAACCGCACUGCCAGCUAGCGGCGCUGAGAAAGCAGAGGUUUCCACACCCACUUCACCAGUAUCUACUGAAACAUCUGAGGAAGGCAGUGAGAAACCAACAGCUGCCACACCAGUCGAAGGCGAUGAAGAGGACAUUGUCAAGGACACAACUCCAGCCAGCGCUGAGGAAGACAUCAUCAAGACUACCACUCCAUCCAAGGAAAUCACUAAGGAAGACGAAACCAUCAAGACAACUACUCCCUCAGAGGAAGUCAGCGAAGAAGAUGAUCAUAUUAAGGCCACGACACCAGCCAAGGAAGUCAGCGAUGAUGAAGACAUCAUCAGCGCGACAACUCCUGCCGGAGAAGAAAUCGAAGAACACGAUACCGCUAAGCCUACUAUUGAAGAUCUCAUUAAGGAGGAAGAUACUGCCGAGGCUACAACUCCUGCAGGAGAAGUUAGCGCAGAUGAAAUCGAAAAGGAAACCACCCCGGCUAAGGAAACCUCUGAUGAGCCAGAGAUCGUCAAGGCGACAACUCCAGCUGGCCAAGUUACCGAAGAAGAGGUCGUCAAGACAACCACUCCUGCUGGAGAAGUCAGCGUGGAGGACGAUACUGUUGAGACUACAACUCCUGCCGGACAAGUCAGCGAGGAAGAUAAAUUCGUUAAGGAGACAACUCCAUCCAAGGAAGACGGCGAAGAUGAAAUCAUCGAGGCUUCAACACCCUCCGAGGAAAUCAGCGAAAAGGACGAUACUAUUAAGGCUACAACUCCUGCCGGACAAGUCAGCGACGAUGAGAUCGCCAAGGAAACAACUCCCUCCAAGGAAGGCAUCGAAGAUGAAAUCAUCGAGGCUACAACACCCUCUGAGGAAAUCAGCGAGAAGUAUGAUAUUGUUAAGGCUACAACUCCUGCCGGACAAGGCAGCGAAGAUGAGAUUGAAAAGGAAACAACUCCCUCUAAGGAAGUCAGCGGAGAUGAAAUCUUCAAGGCUACAACUCCCUCUAAGGAAGUCAGCGACGGUGAAAUCUUUGAGGCUACAACACCUUCCAAGGAAGUCAGCGUGGAAGAGGACAAGGAAACAACUCCAGCCGGUCAAGAAAGUGACCAAGAUGAUAUCAUCAAGGCGACUACCGCCGCCGAGGAAGUCAGCGAUGAUGAUAUUAUCAAGACGUCAACCCCUGCUAAGGCAACCUCCGAUGAGGAAGAUCUCGCCGAGGCAACCACACCCUCAAAGGAAGCCAUCGAAGAUGAGAUCAAGACUUCAACUCCCGGUGGACACGUCAGCGAAGGUGAUGAAAUCGUCGCAGCUACGACUCCUGAAGGACAAGUCACCGAGGCAGAAGGUGAAAUCAUUAAGGCGACAACUCCCUCCAAGGAGAUCUCCAGUGAUGAAGAGAUUGUCAAGGAAACAACACCCGCCAAGGAAGAAGAAGAUUUCGCCAAGGCUACAACUCCUGCUGGAGAACAGCCCAUUGAACAAGAAACUGACAAGACGCCCACAUCGGGUGAAGAAUCUAUUGAAGCCACAACUACCGUCACGGAUAUUGUUAAGCCAGAAGAAGUUUCUACCGAUGAGAAAGAAAUCAUUCCAAUUGAGGAAGAGGAUAUUGCCAAGGCUACAACUCCUGCUAAAGAAGCUGAUGGUGAGAUUAUUAAGGCUACCACACCUAAAGCUGUGGAGGAUAAGACUGAAGCGGAUGAGACCUCUACUGAAAAGGAUGAAGAAGAAGAAGAUGUGUACACUACAUCGCCGAAACCACAGCUACCUUCAUCAACUGAAGGCAUCAGCGAUGAGGUUAGUUCCGAUGAAAAGAAACCUACUGAAGAAGAACCAACUGAAGAAGAAGCCAAACCUGCAGAGGAAGCCACCACAGUCAGCUCAGAAUAUCCUGUCGAGAAGGAAGAGAAACCCACAACCGUGCCAUCCGUCGAGAAGGAGAGUGAUGAGAAAGAAUCUGUUGAAGAUAAAACCGAGGAGCCCAAGAAGGAUGAAGAGGAGCCCACAACCGAUAAGGCUACUACACCCGAAAAGACUGAUGAAGACUCGACCGAAAAGGAUACUGAAAAGGAGAUUGCCUCUUCGACCAUUGUUCCAGUGGAAGCCAAGCCAACUACAGCAGCUGAAGACACCGAUAAGGAAGGAGAGCCAACGACACAAGUUCCUGUCAAGUCUGAUGUUGUUCCUGCUGACAUUGAGUCUGAUCAAAGCACUGAGCAGCCCGAAACAAGCGAGGAGUCCGCAACUGGCAAGCCAUCAGGCGUCUACUUGCCACCUUCAGGAGAAAAGGAUGAAGCUAGUACCGAAGUCGUUGAAACAACUGCCGAAAGUGUCACAGAGAAGGAAUCCGUUAAGCCAUCCGAGGAGGGUAAACCUGAGAAACCAGAUGAUGACAGCCGUACUGAUAUCGACCUUGCUACCGAGAAACCAGCCGAGGAAGACACAACAUCCGCCGCGUUACCCGAUAUGCAUCUACCAUCUGUUAUUCCCGGCGAGGGCGAUUGCUUGGUGGAGGGCAAGACUUAUGCCAACAACACCGAAGUACCCGCAACCACACCCUGCGAUGUGUCCUGUACAUGCAUCAGCAGUAUUGUCUCCUGUAAGACGGUGGAGUGCAAGAUUCCCGAGGAUACCGAGAAGUGUGUGCUGGCUACCGAUCUAUUGGAUGGUUGCUGUCCAACUUAUAUUUGCGAGCCUGAGUCCUCGACCGCCAAGGUCGAUGAGACUACUGAAGAGAAAUACACAACUGUUAAACCUUCUCUCGAUGAGGAAGUGGAGUCUACUAGUACUGAAGAAAUACCAAAGGAUGUCAUUAUGCCUUCUGGCAUUACUGAGCCACCACUAUCUCAUGUCAAGCCCGAAGAAGAUAUUGCUGUAACCACUUACACGCCUUCGGUAGAGAAGUCCACAACCGCCAAGCCAGUUUCCGAAGAAGACAAGGAAGAGGAUAUUGUAUCCCCAACGGCUGCACCUGAGAUCAAGAAGGAACAUAAGCCUAUCGAGCAUAAGCCACAACCUGAGGAAGAAGAACACAAACCAGUCGAGAAAGAACAUAAACCAAUUGAAGAAGAUCUUAAACCCGUCGAAGACCAUAAACCAAUCGAAGAUGAUUUCGUCUCCUCAACACCGACACCAAUUGACGAAACCAAGAAGCAGCCUACUGAAGAGGAAGUCACUACACCUGCAGCUGUUUCCGAUGAUACUCAAAAAGAGAUUGAAGAUUCUUCAGCCGCUACGACCAUCGCUCCAAUCUCUAAGGAUGAAGAGAAGCCAGAAGAAGAAAAACCAACCGAGGAGGGGAAACCAACCAAGGAAGAAAAACCAACUGAGCAAGAAGAGACUGAAGCCCCUGAAACCGAAGCUGACGAAAAGAUUACACCAACUACUGUUAAGCCAACAGAAGAAGAGUCAUCUUCGGAGUCCGCUGAGGAAGAGAUCUCAUCCACAGAAGCAGCUGUCGACGGCAAGAAGCCAUCCGAAGAAGGUGAAAAGAUUCCAGCCACAUCAACACCAGCCCCAUCUGAAGCCGAUAUUGAGGAUAAACUUACAACAGUGGUUCCAUCUAUUGAUGCUGCUAAGCCUGCUGAUGAGAAGAAGCCUACUGAUGAACACGUGCCAACUGAGGAUAGCAGCGCUGCCGUCACCACUCGCCCAGAAUCAGAGGAAGACCAAGACGACAAGAAACUGGCAGAAGAAAUUCCAGUACCAACUACAGCUUCGCCAGUCGAGGCUGAUGAGGAUAAGACGAAGCCAGAGGAUCAGGAAACUAGUACCGAGGCUGAUAAGGAAACCAGCACUGAGGCUGAUACCGAGAAGGAACCCACGAAAGAGACUGUUACGUCUACCAAGGCACCAGUGGUUGAAGAAGAAAAAGAAACAGUUGAGGGUGUUUCCACAUCUACUCCUGGCGUCAGCAAGGACGAAGAGGAAGCUACUUCUGCACCUGUGUCUGAGGAAGUUGAAGACUCUAGCACUGAAAAGGCUUCACUUGAGGAAACGGAAGAGAAGGAGGCUACAACUACUGCUCCAGCCACCGAAGAAGAGCCAACUAAGGUUACCAAGCUUCCCGAAGACGUUCACGAUGAAUUGUCGACCACAACCCCAGCACCUACAGUCCAAGAAGCCACCAAGAAACCCGCUGAUGAUGAAACUGCAACUGCUGGUCCAGUCGAUGUUGGCAUUGAAACUGAAUCCGAACCCACAGCUACAGUUGCUCCCACUGCCGAGACUGAUAAGGAAUCUACAGCCGCACCAGUAUCUGAGGAUGAAGAGGAUAAACUUGCUCCUACCACUGUUAGUCCUGCUCUUGAUGAAGCUGCAACGCCACCAGCAGAGAAGAUUGAUGAGAAACCAGUUGUGCCCGACUCCAGUGUUACUGAGAAACCCGUCGAUGAAGCUGCUUCUGUUGAACCCUCUUCCACCGAAGCUGGCAUUGAAAAGGAGACUGAACUUCCUUCGAUCUCAACAACACCAGCAGCUGUCGAAAAGGUUGAUGAAGAAGAAACUGCUACCGCUGCUGUUCCUGUUGAGGAGGAAGGUGUUUCUUCCACCGAGAAGUCGAAGCCUGAAGAGCCCACUUCUGAGGAACAAGAGCCAGCAACAGCCAAACCACAGGCUCCCGAAGAACACAAGGAUAUUGAGGAAGCCACAACUGCCGCACCAUCUGCAGAAGAUGAUACCAAGACAUCCGAAGAGGAAACCACCUCUGCAUCUGAGGAAGCUGAUGUGGACUCUAAGAUUGCUACUACCAUUGCUCCAAUUGUGCCUGCCAAGGAUGAAGAAGUCUCUUCAACCUCUGCACCAGCCAUCGAGGGAGAUAAGGAAAUUCCAGAGGAUAAUAUUGAUAUUACCACUGCUGCUGCUCCAGUUUCUGAAGAAGAGAAGCCAGUUGAGAAGCCGAAACCAGAUCAUGUGGAUGUUUCAGUUAAGCCUACCGAUGCUCCAGCAUUCGAAGAGGAGUCCACAGAAUCUGAGGAAGAACUGGAAGAAAAACUGCCCGCAACUACCGUCAAAACUCCAACAGAUAAGGUCACUGAAUCAUCGACCGCAAUUCCAGCUGAAGACGAAGCUGACAAAAUCACCACAGUUGCACCUUCUGCUGAAGAGCCCUCAGCCAAGCCAACUGAUGAGAAGACUCCGGUCUCAUCUGAUGAGGAGAGCACUGAGGAAACUCAGCCUGCGACCACCGCUAUCCCAGUGGCUACAGAUGACAAGAAGGAACCACCACUGCCAACGAAAGCGCCAAUCUCCGAUUCGGAAGAGAAACCUGCAUCAUCUGAGAACGAAAUCACAUCGGCUGAAUCAACAGAGGCACCAUCUUCAGAAGAGGAGUCCGAGGUGCAAUCCACCGCUGCUCCCAGUCACGAGAAGCCUGUCCAGGAGGAUGAAGACAAGGCUGAUGCCACAACAGUUGCACCUCUCGAAGAAGAGCCUGCCAAGGAACCAACUGAAAUUGAAGCUAAACCUGAGGAAGGUAUUGUCUCAACCACAGAUGCGCUACCAACAGAAAGCGGAAAGCCGGCUGAGAAGGAGCCCUCAACUACCUCUGCUCCAUCAAAGGAUGAAGUUGAACCAACAACCGAGCAACCUUCCCCUGAAGAAGAAAAAGAACAAGAGUCUACUGAUGAGAAAAUACCUACUACUGUCGCACCAUCUGAAGAGGAAGCUCAGCAGCCCACAUCAACUGCUGCCACUCUCGCUAAGGCUGAUGCCACUACUCCAGCUGAUGAGGAUAAGAUUGAUGUCACCACACCUCCUGCGCCAGUCCAUGAUGACGAUACAGAGGAAGGCACAGCCCGACCAAUUGGCGACAAGACCGAUGAGUCCAAGGAGCCAAGUGCAACCGAGCCAACCAUUGAAGAUGGCCUUGCAACAACACCUGAAUCCGAGGAAGAUAAGGAAGAAGCACCUCUCCCGACCACAGCCAAAACUCCCAUUGCCAUUGACACUACUAUUGCCCCAGUUCAUGUGCCUGCUGUCGAGGAUGUGGACAAGAAGCCUCUGGAAGAUGUACUGUCGCAAACGAUUGCUCCAGAAACCGAGGAAGGUGAAACUGCUACAACUUCUCCUGAAGAUGCUGAGAAGACUCCUGUUACCGUUGCUCCUGUUGCUCAUGACAUUGAAGCAAUCAGCGAAGUUACCACAAAACCAGCUGCCACAGAAGAUGUGGGCGAGGAAACCACUAAGCCAAGUGAAGUCGAGCAAGAGGAAGAGACCACUGAUCAAACUACUGGUGCCAAACUGAAGCCAACAACGGAUGAGACAACCACCAAGACAACCGACGUGGAGGCCACAGAAUCACCUGCUCACGAAGCAGACAGUGAAGUGCACACUGUUAAGCCAGUUCACGCCAGCUUGGAUUCCUCUGAGGAGGGUGACGUAUCCCAAGAGUCGGAGGAAGAACACACACCUGCCGCUCCAGCCAAACCAACCACGGAUGAGGAUGAAUCCAUUGAAUCCGAGGAAGAAGUUACCGAAGCUGCAACCAAGAAACCAGAACAUGACGAGACCACUGCAGCUGCUGUCGAUGCCCAACCACCACAGACCACAGCUGCCUCAGCUGCUGCCUCUGAGGAGCCAUCGACCGAGAGCACUAGCGAUGAAACUGCUACCAAGCAGCCUGAAACUGAUAGCGUGAUCACAAUGCAUCCACUGUUUGCCCAGCAUCUGACCAGCACCACAAAGGCGCCAAGCGUUGACGAUCGUCUCGGCGUUGACACUGAAACUGAAGCCGCACCAACUAAGCAGAGCACAGAGACCACAACAACAGAGUCACCACUGACCACGGAAGCGUCAUCCACAGCAGCACAUGCACCAAUUACACCGCCUUCGUAUGGCCAGCCGCCAUCGUACGAGCAUGCGUAUGACAACGACGACUACGACGAAGAGGAAGUCUUUGGACCCGGCACCUGUCGCUAUGCUGGCAAGAUCUAUGUGUCUGCUCAGCAAAUUCCACGCGACGAUCCUUGCGAUUUCUGCUUCUGCUUCAGAAGCGACAUCAUCUGUUUGCAACAAUCUUGCCCGCCACCAAUUUCUGGUUGUCACGAGGAGCCCAUUUCUGGCUUCUGUUGUCCACGUUACGAGUGUCCCGUCUCAAUGGCCGCUGUGCUUAACAUUACGACAAGCACAACAACCACAAGCACCACACUGCCACCACAUUUCCUCAACUACUCACAUGGCGAUGCCGUGCAACACACUGGCUGCCUCAUCAAUGGUCGCUCCUAUAAGGUGGGCGAACGCAUCGAAUCAACGAGCGGUCCCUGCAUGAGCUGCACUUGCGGCGGCGAUGGCAACAUGAAGUGCGAUCCACAGCAAUGCAGGCCCGAGCCAACGAUGCAGGAAUUGUUGGCCACCGUUGCGGCUCACCGCAAGAGAUGAACCACCAGCCAUGCACACUAAAUAUAAUUUUAACUAAUUUUUAAGCACUGCAAACAAACAAUCACAUCAGAAAAAGGAACAGAAACAGACAGAAACAGCCCAAAUUGCACCCACAGAGCUGCAUUACUCACGUUUUUAUCUGAAGGAACAAGAAGAAAUAGACUCCGAAAAUAGAAACAGUAUCAGAAUCAGUAAUAGAAAUAGACACACACACAUACAAUAAUAUAUUUACUAAGGUGCCAAGAACUGGUGAAACAUAAUGAACAACAACAACCCACUUGAUUAGAUCCGAUUAAGAAUAGUUCGAAAUGAUUAACUUUGUCUUGCACUUUUUCAAUUUUGAAUUCCAAUUUGUUUCGGAUUAGGUUACGUGACGAAGCAACCAGUGAUAUUGUACUGUAUACAUAGUAUAGGUGCAAUUAAUUUAGAACGCGCUCACUAAAAAGAAAAAAAAAAUCAAUUAUGAACUUUAAUUUGUAU